UAAACUUAGUUAGCUUCAAUUUUUAACUCCAUUUCCAUUUACAAGUUUCCCAACCUUUGUGUGUUGAUUGAAUCAACUUGAUUCCCAUAAACAAUAAACCAAAAAAUAAAAAUAAACAAAAUGUUUAAGGAACUCGUAUUAUGGAUGCAUCGCUUGGCCCACGACUUUUGCUUGGCUCGUCCUUUGGCUCAGAUACCACGUCACGGCUGUCGUUUGCCAGUGAAGAAUGGAUUCUUUGCCAAUUUGAUAUUCUUUGUGGCCAUCGUUGCGCCGUUGUACUUUUGCCUUCUGAAGGAUGUGAUCGCCAUGAUCAGUGGGCCCAAGAAGCCUUAGUUAACCACAGGACAUUAAACCGUUUCUAAGUCAUAGCUUGGUCAGUCAGUAUAGUUAGUGUAAAACCCAUAACCAAUCAAUACAGUUUGUGGCAUCGUCUGAAUACUCACUUGUCCACGAUGGUCGUGUA